UAGCUUAGAGCCGCCGAAGAGAGGGAGAUGGAAAGAAAUGAGGUCUGAAAAGGACCAGAUGACCGUGGGUAAGGAGAAAAGUGUCGUCGAGUUGCAGUUUAGGGACAUACCAGCGGACCAAGAAAAUACUCUCGGUAACCAAAAGCCAAAAGAAGAGAAGAAAGAGGUUUUUACAAAGGUGGUGAUUCGAAGGCUACCACCCAACUUGUCAAAGGACCAGCUAGAGGAACAACUCAGUCCACUUCCAUCCUACGACUAUUUUGAAUUCUUCCAAGCAGAUCAGAGUCUCUAUCCCCACCUAUUCUCCAGAGCAUACAUCAAUUUUAAAAACACUGAUGAUAUCCUGCUGUUUCGGGAUCGAUUCGAUGGCUACGUCUUCAUAGACAACAAAGGCCAGGAGUAUCCCGCAGUGGUAGAGUUUGCCCCGUUUCAGAAGAUUUCCAAAAAGAAGCUGAAGAAGAAGGAUGGCAAAGCAGGGAGCAUUGAAGAAGACCCUGAAUACAAGCGAUUUUUGGAAAAUUACUCCUGUGAUGAAGAGAAGUCUAUGGCCAACCCAGAGAUUCUCCUGGGGGAGAUAGAGGCCAAAACCAGAGAGCUCAUAGCCAAACGGACGACACCUCUGCUGGAAUACAUCAAAAACAAGAAAAUUGAGAAACAGAGAAUAAGAGAAGAGAAGAGAGAGGAGAGGAGAAAAAGAGAACUUGAAAAGAAACGACAAAGAGAGGAAGAAAAGCGAAAGAGACGGGAGGAGGAGAGGCGCAAGCGAAAAGAGGCAGAGAAGCAGAAGAAACUGUCGGACAAAGAAAUUAAGAUUAAGCUCCUGAAGAAGAGUGAUAGGGAUGAUGAUGUGGAUUCAGACCGGAUAAAGGACAAAAGCGAGAGCGGCGAGGCGGACAGGGUGAAGUGGGAAAAAGCUGGAGGACAAAUGAAGUCGAAAGAACCAAAAGAAAAAGGUCAGCCCGAGAGCGACAAGGAGCAGAGAGAGCAGCACGGGCGCAGGCAGAGGGACAAAGAUCACCGCGGGAAAGACGAGGAUCGGAAAAGGCAGCAGCACCACUACGAGUUUGACAAGUUCAUGCGGCGGAAAGACGAGACCAAGUGGGGGAAGGGUUACUGCCAGGAUCGGGCCAAGAAAGAGGGGCAUCACCACAGUUACUCCUACGUUCCCGACAGUGGGGAGAAAAUGGGCAAGGAGGACAGGGACGAGCUGAGUAACAGAAAGGAACGCCUCCGAAACAAGGUGAGCGAGAAGGACCGUCCAGCCAUGCAGCUCUACCAGCCGGGCGCCCGCAACAGGAAGCGCAUGAGCUCGUCCAGCAAGGGCUACGACUGCCACCCGGCGGGGAUCUCCCCCGAGCGCUGUUACGAGCCCGUCGCCAUGGCAACGGGGCUGGAAAGGGGUUUUGAGAAAAACAAAGGGGAACAGUGAACAGGACAGGAAGUUUUGGGGGGGGGGGGGAUUUCGAAAAAAAAAGAAGAUUUCCCAGCGUACGGCGGAGUCGAUAGUUUGACCGGAUAUCCCCGAGCUUUCAAAACAGAGGAAUAUCCGAAACCGUAAAUGAUAGCUACCUUCAUGUAAAAUUUGUCAACAUCUGGAGUUAUAAAAUACAGAAGCAUCCAUUUUGGAACAGAUUCAUUUGGCCGGAUCAUCAGUAUAUGAAUAAUAACAGAAAUUAUUUAAGUAGCAUAAAAAGAGCACAACACCUUUUUUAGUUUGUUAUCUUUUUUUUCAUAGCUCAAGCACUAGCUUUAUACAGAAAUGAAUAUUUAUUGAAGAUGCUACCUGCUAUCUUCCUUUUGAGUUCAUUGUCUGCCAGUUUGAUCAUAAUUUAGAAAAAAGACCCGUCUAGGAAUUCUUUCACUUCUGGGAUACACCAAUACUUUCCAACUCGUCUUUCUCAGCCUUUUGUCCAGUCUGUCGAGCCUGGAUGUUUCUAAUCAUUUGAUGGGUUUCAUUUUAUUCAAAAGUAACAUAAUAGGAACUUUAAGACAACGCACGUGAAGAAGAAAAAAGUGUGUAUAUUUUUGGUACAUCCGAAUGAAUGACAUUAAGUUAUAAGUCAAAAUAUUGUAUUUGUGUCUUUCCUUUAGCUUGUCUCUGUCUGUAAGAUGCCAGAGGGAUAGAGGAAGAUUAUUUUGUGAGCCACUUUGUACAGGAUCUGCCAUGAGCCAGGAAGAACACGUUCUCUACAUUUCUAUAAAGCGUUUCCAAGGGAAUAAAGUGUACAACCGACACCGACGGUUACUUUCCUUUAUGUUCGUGUCAUUGAUUGUGUCUGCUAAAUGCAUUGUAAAUGUCACAAAUAUACAUUAUGAUUAAGCAACUUUAACAAGCCUUAUAUUGUUUUAGCAUUUGAUCCAUGAUUUUUUUUAAUAUCGCCCAUAUGUCCUUUUGUUUGGGUUCUUUUUUCCUCUGAGAAUCUGAAAAUAAAUCCGUUCUGGUUGAACA